AUGACGGAUACAAGGCCCAACAUCCUCUUCAUCAUGGCUGAUGACCAUGCCUCCAAAGCCGUCAGCGCCUACGGAGCUGGCAUCAACCACACUCCAAAUAUUGACCGGCUCGCAGCGGAGGGAAUGAAGUUCAACCACUGUUAUGUCACCAACUCCAUUUGCACUCCGUCCCGCGCUGCCAUUCUCACGGGUACCCACAACCAUGUCAACGGCGUCAUGACGCUGAACGACAACAUCAACAAGCACUUGCCAAACGUCGCGAAGCACAUGCGUACCGGCGGGUACAGGACGGCAAUGGCCGGCAAGUGGCACUUGGGCGAAGGCAGACCACACGAGCCCACCGGCUUCGACUACUGGUCUGUUCUCCCCGGGCAGGGCGAUUACUGGGACCCCGAGUUCAUUGAGCCAGCGGGAGAAAAGGUUGAAGAUGGCUACGUUACAGACAUCAUCACCGACAAGUGUCUCGACUGGAUCUCCAAGACACAAAACACCGACAAGCCCUUCUUCCUCAUGUGCCACCACAAGGCUCCGCACCGCUCGUGGGAGUGCGACGAGAAGCACAAGGACCUGUACAAAGACCCGAUACGCGUUCCCGAGACAUACGAUGACGACUACAAGAACCGCGCAAAGGCUGCAAAGGUUGCAAAGAUGCGUGUUGCAGAAGAUAUGACGUACCAGGACCUGGGUCUUGUGCAGCCAGACGGUGGUAACAAGGUCGGCGAGCGUGUCGUUCAGGAGGCGGGCUCUGCGCAGCGCAAGAUUCCCGUUGAUGCCAAGAGACUGAUCGAUAAGGAAGAUGGGACAGUGUUCACCUUUAAGAGCCAGGACGACCUUGCUCAUUUCAAGUUCCAGAGGUACAUGCAGCGAUACCUGCGAACCAUCCAGUCUGUCGACGACAAUGUCGGGCGAAUGCUUGACUACCUCGAAGAAAACGGGCUUGCAGAGAACACCAUUGUAAUCUACACCUCAGACCAGGGCUUCUUCCUUGGUGAGCACGGAUGGUUCGACAAGCGAUUCAUGUACGAGGAAUCUUUCCAGAUGCCCUUCCUCAUUCGAUACCCGGCGGGAAUUGCCAAAGGCUCUGUUUGCGACGACAUCAUCUGCAAUGUCGAUUUUGCGCCUACCUUUCUCGAUUUCGCAAACCUUCAUAUCCCAAGCUACAUGCAAGGCGAAUCUUUCCGGCAGUUACUGGAGGGGAACACACCAGCAGAUUGGCAGCAGAUUGCCUACCACCGGUACUGGAUGCACAAUGAUAUUAUCCACCACGCCUAUGCGCAUUAUGGCGUCAGAGACCAGCGAUACAAACUCAUUUACUGGUACAACGAGCCGUUGGAGGCCAGUGGCGCUAGGCCGGGCGGAGAGAAGGAUAAGGAGUGGGAGUUGUUCGAUUGCGAGAAGGAUCCAUUGGAGCUGUUCAAUGUUUACCACGACCCAGCUUACGCCGAGAAAGUGAAGCAUAUGACGAGAUUGCUAGAGUUGAAGAUGGAACAAAUCGGCGACGAGCCAGUUCAUCCCAGAGGUGUUGAUACUGGCGGGUCAGUCAAGUGCGAAGGUGGCAGUGAACUGCGUUGCGGCACGUGUGCUCGUCUUGGGCUGGAUUGUUCGCUUGCCGCCAUCGAGGAAGUUGGACCAGAUUUUCACUUUGGCAAGCAACAACUGGUCUCCACCAAGCCGCGACGCCUCAGAGGCACCCGGGCGUGUAAAGCUUGUCGAGAAAAGAAAGUCCGCUGCUCCGGCACAUCACCGCGAUGCACAAACUGCGCGCGCCAUGCUAGAGAGUGCACAUACCCGACGCCGGCACGAAGUGCGAGGGCAUCUUCCCCGCAGAGCACCUCUACCGAGGGAGACGAGUCCUGCGGAGUCGAAGUCGGCCAAUUCCUCGCCGGCGCCGUGGAAAGCUUCUUCGAGAAGGUUUACCCUCUUCCAUCCCACGCAUUUCUGCACCCCGAGACGACCAGGGAGCGUUGUCGAGAGGGGAGGAUUGACUCGGCCCUGGCACACGCCAUCUGUGCUUUGGCGACCCUUCACUGUGGUUCGGAUCUUCAGACUCGCGACAGAGCUACGCCGUGGGUUCAGACGGCGGAACAAAAGAUAUGGCAGCACCUCGAGAGCCCUACCAUACCGCGUUUGCAGGCCCUGCUGCUCGUGAUUCACUAUCAAAUGGAGACUGGAAAGUUCCAGAGAGCGUUCAUGCUUACGGCUACUGCGGCUAGGUUUGCAGCUGCGAUGCGACUGAACCAUGAGAGGCCUGAUCUCGACUUUGUCGCGCAGGAAGUACGCCGUAGGAUCAUGUGGUCGCUGAAGAUUACUGAAAGGUACUUUUCAGUUGGCUUGCCCGAAUUUGAAGCUUGCCCUAUCGAAACGAUUUACCUGCAAUACCCCUCAGAUGAGAAUGAUUUCAGCAAUGAUGGAGGUUGUGGUGAUGGGGCCUCCUAUAGACUCUACGUGAACUUGGAAAUAACUCGGAGGGACAUUAUGAAGUUGACAAGAGGAGUGACUCUUUGCGACCAGCCUUUCUUGCCUUUGACGAAACUCAUUGGCGACUUCGAAAGCGACCUGGUCGAAAUCGGAUCGCUGUUGCCAGACGGAACGAACUUUUCUAUGGUCAAUAUCGGAGCCCUUGAAGGCGACCGAUGGCUGCGGAGACGGCUAUUCAUGCACAUUUCAUUCCACCAAGCCCAUUGCGACCUGUACCGAAUCCUGCUUUCAGGAUAUCCCGAAGCAGCACCUCGCGUGGUUCUCGAGGCAGUAGACAUGGACUACAUCACCAUGGCAGAACAAAACUGCCUUAAACAUGCCACCGCCAUCAUUCAGAUCUUGACCAGCCUCAACCAACACAGCACAGAACUUCUGCUUCUCGAAUUCGACACGGCUAUUUGCGCCUACCACGCCACGAGGCUCUUGCUUUUCAUAGCCCGAGCACAAAGAACGCCGGGCUGUCCCUCACCAGAGUUUGCCUUGAGCCGCGCGGCUUUGUGUCUGGCUGCGCUUCAGCGUUUCUUUCCUUCCUCCGCACUGGUCAAGCCCAUCAUCGACGAUAUGGAGCGACUUUCCCGGGGCCAUGCACCUCAAGAAGCCGGGAUAGGCGGGCUAUCGUCGCCAGAGUUUCAAGAAGGAAGACGGAAUCUAGAACAGCGACUUUCAGAGGUAGCAAAAGCGAGACAGAGGCUGGCAAUUCACAGUCUGCUGAGACAAGCCGACUUUACCGACGAGGAUGAGGGAGACGAUUACUCUUCUUCCAUGUCUGCGUCCGGGUUGUCCCCAAUCAUGAUAAGGCGAACGCCCUAG